AUGAAAAUCAUGGUAGCGGAAGGUCUUGAAGACCUGGAGCCAACACCGCAAGGACCUGCCCGCACGUGGACCUGGGACGUCUUUGCCUUUGCAUGGUCGAUCAUGAUGGUGAACACGGGCACCUUCUCCGCCGGCGCUGCCACGCUAAGCUUCGACCUCUCUGUACCCGAGACACUGGCCGGCCAGGCCGCUGGUGCCUUGAUCCUGGUUCUUGGCUUGUCAUUAAACGCUGCGCCGGGCGUCAAGUACGGAAUUCCCUUUCCUGUCCUGGCGCGCAGCUCCUUCGGAAGCGGAGGUGCGCAUUUCUGCACCCUCACACGUGGGGCCGUUGCUACAAUGUGGCUGUCCUUCCAGUGCUGGCAGGGUGCCUUGGGACUCUACGCAGCCUUCGUGCAUUGUGCGGGGAAGGAGGCCAUUGAGUAUUGGGGAAAGAUUGAUGCGAAAUUCCAUGCCGUGAAGCUGGUCAUCUUCGUGGCUUAUUUGAUGAUGCACGCAGUUUUCAUCCAGCUGGGCUUGCAGAAGGUCAAGUGUGCAAUCUACUGUGCUCUACCGGGUCUCAUCAUCGGCAUGGGCGUCAUCGCGCUCUGGGCCCAGACCCUGAGUCCUAUCUCAGAAGCCUUUGAAGCUGCCGCGGAGCAGGGGCCCGAGCCUUUCGAAGGGAGCAAGGUUGUGGCCUUCAUGGCGGCGAUGAACUCGAGCCUUGGAAGUUGGUCCAUGCUGCUGCUAAACGUUUGCGACCUGAGCCGCUUCGCUCCGAGGCAGUCGGAUCAUGUCUGGGGACACCUGGUGGGAGUUCUGGUGCCCUUUAUGGCAACCCUUCUGCUGGGCAUGUUCGUUGCAGGAGCCACGAAAGUAGCCUUCGGCAGUGCUGUGUGGCAGCUUCCAACCAUCUUUGGUUACUGGCAUCCAGUUCUCAGCGUGCUUGGCGCACUGGUGCUAGCCAUCGGGACAAUGGUUGUAAACAUCUUGGCCAACAUCCCCUCGCCCAGCAACGACAUCAUGAACCUAGCACCGAAGCGCUUCACGCACCGCGGCUGUGGCUUCUUCGUCCUGCUCCUCUCUUUCGCUGUGUGCCCCUGGUGGACCUUCUCUGGCGAGGUCACCUUUGUGCUAACCUUUCUCGACGGCUACGCCAUGGUCACCGGUGCCAUCGCUGGCGUCUUCCUCUGCGACUACUGGGUCCUCAGGGGACGGUUUCUGGAUCUGGAGGAGCUCUAUUCAUCUACAGGCAUCAAGUGGCGCCCUCUGCUGGCCGUGGCUGUUGGCAUUGCCCCCUGCUUUCCAGGAUUCUUGGAUGCCACCCUGGCCGCCCACAGUGAAGGCCACGUGAGCUUGGUGACGCCUUUCUGGGCUCACCUCUACUCCGGUGGAUCCUUUUUAGUUUCCCUCGUCGUCUCGGCACUCGCGUACUUCCACUCAUCUUCGAGUUCCGAUUUUCUGUAG